UUUCAGAUAAGACAAGAAGCUCAAAAAGCAAGUCCACCAUUGUCUUCGCUCAGGUCUAGAAAAGUAUUAACUCACUUUCUUUCACUUUUCCCCAUCCAAAAUCCAAAUACACCCAACCAAAACUAAGAAAGAAAGAGAAAUUAUUUGCAAUCGGUCUUUAUGGUAUCACUUUUCCGAUUGAUUUUCCGGUCAACCAAACAAGCUAUAGAGAGACAGAGAAAGAGGUCGGCUGAGGCACUUGGCGGCUGACACCUAACUUUUAACAUUGAGUCUCGGAGGACUAAGAAUUGGAGGUUUUGUUUUAAUGGGGGCUUGCUGGAGCAAUCGAAUCAAGGCCGAGAAUCCAUCUUAUGCAGGAAUGAAUUCAAGGAGUAACAGCAGAUAUGGGAAUGAUCUAAGUAAUUUGAGUGGCAAGGUAUCAUCAGCUUCCCUACCCGCGACUCCUCGUAGUGAGGGCGAAAUCUUGCAGUCAUCCAAUUUAAAAAGCUUCACCUUCAACGAACUCAGAACGGCCACCAGAAACUUCCGACCUGAUAGUGUAUUGGGAGAAGGUGGGUUUGGUUCAGUUUUCAAGGGAUGGGUUGACGAGCAUUCACUUACAGCUGCAAAGCCUGGAACUGGGUUAGUGAUUGCAGUGAAGAGGCUUAAUCAAGAAGGUUUUCAGGGUCACAAGGAGUGGUUGGCAGAAAUCAACUAUCUUGGGCAGCUGCAUCAUCCCAAUCUUGUGAAACUAAUAGGUUACUGCUUGGAGGAUGAUCAUAGGCUUUUGAUAUAUGAGUUCAUGCCCAAGGGCAGUAUGGAGAAUCAUUUAUUCAGGAGAGGGUCAUACUUCCAGCCGCUUUCUUGGAGCACCCGUAUGAAAGUUGCUCUUGGCGCUGCAAAGGGAGUUGCGUUUCUUCAUAAUGCUGAAACAAAAGUUAUAUAUCGGGACUUCAAGACUUCUAAUAUCCUGCUUGAUUCAAAUUUCAAUGCGAAACUUUCUGAUUUUGGGUUGGCCAGGGAUGGGCCAACUGGUGAUAAGAGCCAUGUCUCCACUAGGGUCAUGGGGACCUAUGGAUAUGCUGCUCCAGAGUAUUUAUCAACAGGUCAUCUAACUGCAAGGAGUGAUGUAUACAGCUUUGGAGUUGUUCUCUUAGAAAUGUUAUCUGGUAAACGAGCAAUAGACAAGAAUCGGCCAUCUGGAGAGCACAACCUGGUGGACUGGGCAAAACCAUAUCUGACCAACAAACGUAAAAUUUUCCGUGUUCUUGAUGUCCGUCUCGAAGGCCAGUAUUCACUGGGACAGGCCCUGAAGGCAGCUAACCUUGCCUUUCAGUGCCUAUAUACAGAACCUAAGUUGAGGCCAAACAUGGAUGAGGUGGUAACAGUUUUAGAGCAGCUUCAGGAUCCGAAGGAUAUGGUUAAAAAUACACAAAAAGAGCGCCAAUUAAACUGCGAUGGGCAUUCUAAUGGUGGACCUAGGUCCUGCAGAAGCAGCGCAAAGGAAGAUCCUAAAGCGCCUGCAUACCCCCGGCCUUCAGCUUCUCCUCUCUAUACUUAAAGGUUAGGUUCUUUUCGGGCAGUGAUUUCUGGCCUCUAGGAAAUCAGGCAUAUACAUUAACUGUAUUUUGGUAAAGCACUGUACAGUUCUAUAAUUUACCUUUGACAUUUUUAAUGAUUAUACUUGGAAUCAUGGAGCAAACAUGAAUUUCAUCAGUGUUUUGGAGAAUGUCUAUGCUACAUGGCAAUCAAAGAUUUUCUUAAUUUGUUAGUUGUAAA